CACAAAUUAAUGGCCAUCAUUUAGAAAUCGUAGCCUAUGAUCUUAUUCAUGAUCGGGUAUGGCGGAUUCGAUACUGAAGGUCUACUCCGCGAAGCCAAUUCUUCCGGACGUGUCUCGUGUUCUUGCUUGCCUCUACGAGAAGGAUGUCAAGUUCGAGCUUAAAAACUUGUAUCCGGGCCACCAUAUUGCCCGUGACUUGCUCACUCUCCAGGCAUCUACAAGAUCACCGGUUACAGCGUGGGAAGAUGGACAAACUUUGCUAUUUGAAUCUAGAGCGCUAUGCCGUUACAUAUCGGAGAAGUACGCGGAUCGCGGAAACCGUUAUCUCCUGGGAAAAGACAUCCUCGAGAGAGCCUCCAUUGAGCAAUGGCUGAAGCUCGAGGAGCAGAGCUUCGACCCCCUGAGCCGGGACCUGACCUUCCACCUCGCCUUCGCCGUCGAGCCCUGCGACCGCGCCUUGCUCGUCAGCGGAGCGCAAAAGCUAACCAGUGUCCUCGACGCCUACGAUCAGCGACUAGGCGAUUACGAGUUCCUCGCCGGCGACGAGUUCUCCCUCGCCGAUCUGUCGCACCUCCCCAACUCCCACUACAUCGCCCACUCCGACGAGUGGGGCCACCUGUUCGAGUCCCGGAAGAAUGUUCGCCGGUGGUGGCACGCCAUCUCGCGGCGGCCUUCGUGGGAGAAAGUGGUGGAGACUCUUAACGAGGUGGACAUCGAAAGGGGGGAUCAGGAAGAGGAUGCCACUGCAAGCAAAGAAACUCAAAAAGAGAAAUCCAGCCUGCACAUUCUGCCUUCCAAGUCCAGCGGAACUCAACCCCUUACUAGUUUUGUUCCUCAACCUAAAACACAUAAAGUUGAAUUGUUCAAGGGAUCAUCAACUUCAACUUCUGAGCUUCCAAGACAAGAUCCUACCAAACCACAAUCUUCUGAGGGUUCCAAGUUAGGGGAGGAUGAUGGGCCAACUUCUUCUAAAUCCUCUGGAGCUACUUCAACACAAUCAACUCCAAGUACAGACAUGAGUGCAAAACCAACACAAGCAUCAUCUACUUCAACUUCAGAGGUACCAAGAGAAGAUUUUGUCAAGCCAUCAUCUUCUCUAACACCUACUGCUAGUCAAGCAAGCUUAGCAGCUACCGAUGUAAGUUACUCAAUGUCUCUCUAAGUAAUAUACCAAGCA